UUGACGUGUGGAAAAGCAUAUACUUCAGAAUGAAGGAAGGAAUACUCGUUAUGUGUCCAACACUAGUAGGAUAACAGAGAUUGGUAGUCGUUUCGUCUUUGUGAAACUACUAUUACUCCUCAUCUCAUGUCUCUGCAAGUGACGAAUCCUCUACCUUUUCCGCGCUCCUCAUCUCAAUUGACUUCUCGGUUCCCUAAUUGCUCAUCACUUCGCUUCAAUUCCCUUCCUAUUGAAAUUGAAACUAAAACUAGCACUACCAGUACCAGCGACAGUAAUGGUGGUUUACCUGAGAAUGAAGGAAUUUCUGGAAUUAAAGUGCCCAGACAAAGAUAUAUUGCCGCUUCUAAAUCGCAGCUGUUGGAUGCUAUCACUACCACUAUGUUUAACUCACCCGAUGAAGCCCAUCAAUUUCGACAUCUAUCAUUAUGCCUGGACCUGAUUCUCCAUGCUGAACACAAAGUUAUCUUAGAGGAAAUGCGAGUUGAAUAUGAUCAUUCUCAUACCAACAAUAGUAGUAAUAAUACUGCGAUUUCCUCUGGCCAAGAAAUAAAUUUUACGCCAAAUGGAAGGGGUUCUGACAUUGUCACAAGUGAUGUUGAGAAGGUUGAAAACACGGAUAAAUAUGGCAGGGACAUGGAAUUGAAGAAUGCAUGGACUUCAGGUUCUAAUCAAUUCUCAGGAUCUCCAUAUGUAUCUUUUCUCAAAUUUGCCAACAAAGACUCUCUUGAGGAGUCUAGAACUGCCGUAUCCAGUCGCUUUCAACAUGCUUUCCUGCAGCUUCUUUUUAAUGCUGGAUUUGAAGAAUUGUCUGCUAGAGAUCUGAGGCUGACAUCAGCUCUGAAUACUGAUUAUCUUCUUACUUUGCCAAUAUCUGUUGACUGGAAGAGUGCAUCUCAGUCCAGUGCCAUAGUAUUCAGGCGUGGUUAUGCAACUGAGAGGCAGAAGGGUUUGCUAAUUGUUGAAAAACUAGAGUACUUGCAGUCAAAGUUUUUACAAGGAGUUUUCUCUCUGAUAGUCAAACCUCUGAAGAAAGUUAGUAUUUGGUUGAGUGAGGUUUUGGGAAGAUCUAUCACAAAAGACGAUGCUCAAAUUUGGGCCAAAAAAAUCAAGCUUUGGUUGAAAUAUUUUCCGAGUUUCCAGCAAACAUCUAGUGACAACCAACACAUAUCAAAUAAGCCAUUUGAAGUUGACACGUCAUCAGAAAAUGACUUUCCCCUUUCGAAAGCUGCACAGAAUGCAGUAACUCGUUAUGAAGAAAAUCUUUCAGCAGCUGGGCCUCGUGGCAGGCUUCUAAAAAAGCUGCUGGUGUUGAUUGGAGUUCUACCUUCAACACAUAAACAGCAAGUUGAUGAAAUAGAUGUUACUGAAACCGAGUCUCAUCUAAGGCCAAUAUUUUUGUCGAGGAUAUCACUUAGCGAUAUAUGGGAACCUGCAUCACGCAAACUAUGUGGAAAUGAUUUUUGGAGAAUGUUGAGAACUUCUAUUUUCAUUCUUCUCUCAAAAUCAACACUCCAGGAGCCAGCUUACCAAGAAUUGAUUUUGCUAUACAUCAAGGGAAAUUGUGAAGGAGGUGACGCGGAUAUAGCCGAUUUUCCCUCCUUACAGCUGAAGAUCUACGAGAAAAUCCCCAUUCCAGAUCUACCCGUUGUUUUUCCACACAAGAAGUUGUCUUUCCGCAUACUAGACUCGGUACGCCUGGACAUUGCCUCGGUUCUUGGACUUCUGGCAUACUUCAUAAACUACAAGUUCGAAAACAUGUUUUCACUAUCCGCAAUACUUUUAGAUGUGGUUGCAGUCAGUGCUCUUGUGAUAUAUGUGAGCCGUGUGGUCUUGGGUUACAAGCAAACAUGGGAUAGAUAUCAACUUCUGGUCAACAGGACACUUAAUGAGAAAACAAUAGCAAGUGGCUUUGGUUCUGUUUACUUUCUCCUGGAUGCUUCUGAACAACAGCAGUACAAAGAAGCCAUUUUGGCAUAUGCAGUCCUACUGAAAGAAAAUAUCCAGGAAAGUUGUGCUAGAAAUAUCGGAGCCAGAUGUGAGAAGUUUAUUUAUGAUCUAUUGGAAGAAAAGGUUGAAAUGCCUGUAGACAAAGCCAUAAGUACUUUAGUGAGGCUGGGUAUUGUAAGGCAGGAUUGUUUAAAUGGGCACACUGAACUGCAGGCAGUCCCUUGCUUCAAGGCACAUGAGAUUCUUAAACAACACUGGAAUAGCUUGCUCGGCUAAGUUCAACGCAUAUGUACAAAGUUGUACAAUUUUAGCUUCUAAUUUCUCAAAGAGUUCAAUGAGCGAAGGUUACAGAAAGUUGCUAUCUGUAAAAUUAAGUAUAUAUUUGGCAUUUUGGAUGCAAUAAGAGAUGGUGUACUUAUACUACAAUUAGAAAGAAUGAAUUGGACCCAAAGAGGCUAAUAAUGUCUUUAGAAGAAUUGAUUUUGGCCUGAUAAUUAUGGUUGGAUCUGUCAUUUACUCAGUUGGCAAGCAAGACUCAAUGUUUAUAGAUUUAAUGCGUGUAA